AUGACCACACCAAGCCGUAGACGUUUGAUGAGAGAUUUCAAGAAGCUCCAGGUGAGCAUUCCACUCUGACAUUUGUAAUAUACCAGUUUUUGUUCAGGAGGACCCACCAGCAGGAGUGUCUGGAGCUCCGACUGAAGACAACAUUCUCACAUGGGAGGCGAUCAUCUUCGGUCCUCAAGAAACUCCGUUCGAAGACGGUACGUUCAAACUGUCGCUCGAGUUCACAGAAGAGUACCCGAACAAGCCGCCGACGGUCAAGUUCAUUUCAAAGAUGUUCCAUCCGAACGUCUACGCAGACGGGUCGAUCUGUCUCGACAUCCUCCAGAACAGAUGGUCACCGACUUACGACGUGGCCGCCAUUCUGACGUCGAUUCAGUCGUUGCUUGACGAGCCAAACCCCAACUCGCCGGCCAACUCGCUCGCCGCGCAGCUCUAUCAGGAGAAUAGAAGAGAAUACGAGAAGAGAGUGCAGCAAAUCGUCGAGCAGGUGAGAAGUUGAACAGGGAGUGCAUUAAGGCAGAGGAAGUAUCGUUGGUUUUGUGAAUAGUCGGGGAAGUGUGUUUUCACAGACAAAAGACACCCAUCGCUUCCAUUUUUCUUUAAAAAAAAAACAAAUAGCCCUCUCAAGAAUAAUACCGAGAACGAAUUUCCAAAUACGAAAUCCCACAACAAUCCGUCUUGUGUACACUUUUCUGUCAGAAUCGCUUUUUUAAUGAGGUGCACACCGCGUAUAGAAUACAAAAAUUGAAGUUUCACGGGAUUGAGAGAAAAUCGGUUACCGAAUUCAAAAACAUGCUCAUUAAGAGUUUGCAGUCGUGGCUCAAUUUCGGAGAAAACGAAGGCGAUGCUGUGCUGAAGGACGAACUCGACGGGGACGCGGAAGAGAUUGUCGGAGACGGGAACGCGGACGACGGAAUGGACGAAGGAGCUAGCGGAUCCAACAUCUGA